AUGAUAAGGGAGAAUGCAACAUUGCAGGCAAGGUUGGAAGCCUUGAAGAGAGGAUGUAGAAGAGGGCCACAAAGAGAGAAUGAGGAAGAAGAUGCUGAAGCAAAUGAUGGAGCAGAUGAGAAUCCAAAUGAAGGGAACAGAGAAGGGGAACUAGACCUUGAAGAGAGAAGGAUGGUGAGGUUAUUUAAGGUAGUACAAGGAGGUGGAAUUGACCAGUUCGAGCAUAGAUUCUAUGAGCUGAAGCAGUAUGCCGGGAUUGGCAACGAUGAGACUAUGCUCUCCCAGUCAGCAGCACCAUUCAGGGCUCCUCAGGCACCUGCUAAGGGUGGACAGCAGCAGCAGCAGCAGCAGCCGCAACAACAACCGCAGCAGCAGAAACUGAAACAGUCUCAGGGCCAGCAAGGUGGCAACCCUCCUCAUAGAAGAAACAGGAACUGA